CUGUCACGUUUCAUGUUUACCGGGUGGCCCGGUGUAGGCCGUAGCACUUGACCGCCGUGCAGCACUUUGACCAAGAACUUCCACACUCACUGACUCGACAUCGAUUCUCCAGUCUUUCCCUCGCCGAAGCUUCUCAUAGCCCAAAACUAGUACAACGCGGUUUAUAUCAACUUACGUAAUCCACAACUGAUUUCCAAGCUGCACGCAUACCGUGCCUGACAUUGACUUGCCAGCAACCUCCAUGGCCAUGGAUUCAUCCCUAGAUCUCAACGGUUUGGCUAAAUCUCUACCAGCAGCAAACUUCGAGAAAGCUGAGAAGGACCUAUUGAACAACUUUAAAGCUGCUGCGCUCAGUAUAACAACCCUUUACCGAUCUUCAAGACAUGCCUCCAAACGAGCUUAUAAUGCAGGAUACGCAACAGCCUGUCAAGAUCUCAUGUCGAUGAUCCAACAGGGAGUUUCUACAGGUGGUGUAGCGCUAUCUGGCUCAAACAACCCUGCCGGAGACGUGAUGACCAUCGGGCGAAUCAUGGACUGGAUUGAGGCUAGAAUGGAGGCAGUAAAGGCUCGCGAAGAAGAGGAGGAUGAGGAUGAAGAACGUGAAAGAGAAAAAGAACGAGCAAGAGGGAGCGUCCCUGCCAGUCGCCCCGACACAAAUAAAGGUUCCACUCCCCGUGAUGUUUUCACCGGGGACACCACGAGGAACACUGUACAAUCAGGUCCCUCUUCUUCUCGUCUGGAACAGCAAAAUGCUGCUCCAGCGCCUUUGACUCCGCACUCACCUUUCACGGUUAACACCCCAAAUGUUCCCAACAGACAAUCCUCACCCACACCAUCCGCUGUGCCACCCGCACGCCAAUCAAGCCACCCAUACGCCGGCCAACGUCCAUACAAAUCCCGUGCCUUAGGCGCCAAGAAAGACAAUUCCGAGCCCUUCCCCGCCGGCCCACCCAUCACGGCUUGUCUUACACCGUCAGAGAAUCUAUUCCGCAUGUCUCCUGUCACAGCAGCAACAUCUGUUACAGGAGACCCUGCUUUCUCCGACUAUACCGCUGGCGCCAAGCGCCGUCAUGCUGUCAUGAUGAUGCUCGAUUCCAGCGCUUCUUCAGGCGCUACCGAAUCAUCUUCACAAGGGAGUAGCGUCUCAUCAACCAUCACAUCCACCUCUGGAAAUGCUAGGCGGAGAACGCGAAGCUCGCGUGCAUCUGUCCUUGGCGCCAGCCAUACACAGACCCAAAACAGCUUGGGAGACGCCAUGGACGUAGAAGAUGAGGGACGAGAACGAAAGCGAGUGGCCAGAAGAUGAUAGCCACUCGAUUAGAAGUAAAGAAGGUAGGUAUUACCUUCUAGUGUAUGUCAUAGGGUCGCGCUGUUUUUCUAUCACCCCAUUUCCACACAAUCCUUUAGCAUUUGAUUUAACACACUUCUUAUCCUCAUCCCGUUGUAUCGCUCACCCUGCACGAGUUCUGUAUGUACGCUUGAUUUCAAGUGAUACCAAUUUUUGUUUGGCAAUCGUGGCAUCCCCAUUACUGUUUUACGCUAAUA